AUGCCUUGGAAGAACGAAUUACUUUGCAGAAUACAAUUCCAGGAUCACACAGGCGUUCAAUCUCUUCUACAGUCCGGUACUUCAGCUAACCGAAAAUGUGAUGAUGACCCUUCCCCUCUGCUCAUAGCGAUACAAAACAGUGAUUUUCAUAUGGUGCAGUUGCUGCUUGAUCAUGAUGCACUUGUUAAUAUACAGGACUCCGAUGGGGAAAGCGCUCUUCACUACGCCACGCAGGACACAGUCGAACAUGAGGUCAUGGAAAUACUGCUCAGGGCUGGAGCUGACUUAAACUGCUUAAAUAAAUGGUUAAGGACACCACUGCACUAUGUAUGUUACGGAGGCGAUUUCAACAAGAUGGAAACAAUUUUGCAAUUACCAGGAACACUGGUAAACGUACAAGAUGAAGAUGGGAACACAUGUUUACAUGCUUUAAUGACCUUUGAUGAAGACGAAAAUGAUGGUGAAUUUUGGAGCAGAGCUAUAAAUAUGCUGAUUGAAGCUGGUGUUGAUGUCAAUAUCACCAACACAAAAGGGCAGACGGCUUUACAUAUGGCGGCAGAACACGAAUUUCAACCGGAAAUAAUAUUAUCUGCACUUUUGAAUCAAAGUGUAGAUUUUGAAUUUGAGUUGCAAGAUGCAAACGGAAACAAUUUCCUGCUGUCUUACAUAAGGCGCCAAGGCAGUGACAGACCCCUUUUGUUCAAAAUUCUUAACGAACAGUUCCAGUCAUUUCAGGUAUCGAGUUCUGGAUCUAUCAGUAAUAUCGUCAAUAUGGAAGCUGAGGACAGCGAAACACCUUUUCUGAGGUUUUUAUUUGGGUCUAGCCAUUUUGAUUUGAAUAUCUUUCAAGAAUUUGUUCGUUUUGGUGCAAAUAUUAACAAACCCAAUAGUCUGGGGAGGACACCUCUUCAUCGGGUAAUGGCGACGGAAAUCAUCGGUAACCGACGUAGUGUAUGCAGAAUCCUACUAGAUGGGGGCGCCAACACAAAUCUUCAGGAUGAAUUUGGCCUAACGCCAAUAUUUUGGGCAAGAUCAGUGAAACAAAUAUCUUUAAUCUGUGAUGCCGGUGCUGAGGUAACAAUUACAGACAAAUUUGGACGUAACGCUAUGAUGAAUUUACAAGCUCAAAGAAAUCUUAAAGCGAUAGAGGAGUUGUUGCUUAGAGGAUGCAGUGUCAAUGCUUGUGAUAAAAAUGGGUCCACCGCUCUCCAUUAUGCAGUGUGGAUGAAUGAUAUCAAUAUGGUAGAAACGUUCGUAAGAGUAGGAGGAAAUACUUCGCUUGCAGACGAAGAAAACCGUACUCCCGUCAAACUGGCUGAGUUGUUAGGCUAUACAAAAAUAUAUGACUUUUUAAAGGGACACAACAUAGAAUCAUGCAGCCUAGAAGCAGAAGGACAGAAAGGAUCAGUCGAAGUCAUAUAUCAACGACACAACUUUUCCGAAAGAAAUGUUUGGCCUGGUAAUCAACUGAUCAUAAACUAUGAAGACUUCGUCAAAGCGGAAAAUGACACUGAACUUUUGGAGAUGCAGCGAUAUAAUGGCAAAGUGCUUGCAAAACAACUUCUGCUUAACCCAGGAUCAGGAAAGCUGUUUGACAACCAAGAGACUAACCAAGUCAUUGAUGCUGUUCAAAGCCUGAUAAAAAGGCUAUCAAAACGAAUAUCUCAACGCGAUCCUAGAUUAAAAAACGACAUUAUACCUAUGGGAAGUAUGAGAGAAGGAACCAAGACAGGCUACCCUGAUGAAUUUGACUUUGUCUGCUGUCUCUCUGGUAUCCUCGAGCACUGUCACAUCAUGAACGACAAUGUUCAAAGCCAAGAGAAUUUUGUGAGAGUGAAACUGAAAGAAGAAGCGCACCUACCUUCUAAAAUGGAAGCUUUCUUUGACAGAAAUGGAUAUCUGAAAACAUAUGAUGUUAGGAUUGAACUUUUCAGACUAAUCUGGAAGAUUUUACUCGAAAAAGAGUUAUGGCAGGAUACGCAAAUCCUUUAUGCCAGUGAAGAUGAGGAAAAUGGCUUUGACCAUAUGGCUGUCCUGAAUUUUCAAAUUUUAUGGAUUGGUCGACUCUUUAAAGGUCUCAAAAUCAGUAUCGAUUUAGUCCCUGCCAUACGUGUAGUCAACAAUUUUGUUAGUUUCUCCAAGAGAGACAAUAGUCGUAUUCCAUUAGAGAAUAUGGCUAUUGAAGCAGGACACUUCCUGCUGUUACAACCCCCAGAAGAUAUUUCACCAAAAACCAUAGACACCUUUCAAAUAGAAGAUGUGAAUUUGUCGAGAACAGAAAUUAUCUACGACAGUGACACACGGGAUUAUUUUGAUAGUCUCCUUCGACUGUCAUGUGCACCAAUGGAAGUUUCGUUCCUGGAAUCCUUACCGAACUUUGUAAGAGAGAGUUACAGAUUGGCGAAAAUUAUAAGAAGUCAAUGUCCUAAGGUGAGGUUUACUUCAGAUUUCUUUAAAGAACUGUAUGCUAGGGAUGCAGUGGAAAUUACACAGUGUGAAGAUGUUCGUUUUGAUCCAGGUGAAUACGAUGAAUGCUGUGAUCUCGUGAGAUCAUUGAAAGAGGCGUCUGGCACUGAUGAAGAAAAUAUCUUGGAAAUGGACGAAGCAACUAACGCAAUGCAGACAACCUCCGGGUCUUUAUUGAAAUCGGAUUUAUCCGAUGUUGCCUCCUCGGACGGUUCAUCUAAUAUUUCCGAUCUAUCGUAUGAUACAGAUAACGACGAAGAAAGUGAAACCACUGAUCCUAUUUAUGAAGCCAAUGAGGAUAUAACAAGUUACAUGUUGAAGAACGCUUUGUUUCAUUUGAUUGGAAAACAACCAGAACUAUGCGAUGAAGAUUUGAAUCAGAUAUCAGAUGAAGAACGGUGGCAGACCACUGUGGACUUGACAAUCAAGAUAUUCGAAUUUCUCAAGAGUGUUAAUGACACCGGAUAACUCCUUGUGUAUUUCCUUCCCCAACAAAACUUGUUUGAAUUCAUAUAUGAAUUUCGUCGGCCAGGUGACCAAGAGGCCAUGAGAAGAAAAAUUCACACCAUUAGAAGGAGGAGGAGGGUUUUUCUCAAUUUGAUAUUAACAAUUAUGAGGGCUUCGUGA